AUGAAAGACAAAAGGCUCGAUUCAACUUCCAGUUCAACAACUAUGAACCCAUCAUCUCGCAAUUUCCAGAUUUUCGUGCAAUCCCCAGAUUUCCAAAUGCCCACUCGAGCCCUAGUUUUUCAAUAUCCAAACCCUAAUCUCACUCUCCACCACCUCAAAUCGUCCAUCCUCCCUUCAAGUUCGAUCCCUCACGGUUCUCUUUUCUUCACUCUCAAUGGAAAACCGCUCUCCGACGCCACUCCCCUGCUGCAGAAUUCACCAAUCGCCCCCCUCUCCACGCUCACCCUCCACCUGCGCCUCCGCGCCGGAGGAGGAGAUGGCGGCACCACGGGUGCGGAAUCCCGGGACUGUUACCUGAACAUGUACGCCGUGAAGAAGCCGGACAAGGUCGACCCGAACGAGAUGCGUCUCUCUAAGUGGCUCAACUGUAGCUUGGCCAACGAGCCCCUGAGGCACCCGAUAGUCCUGGAUAAGCUCGGGAAUCUCUUCAACAAGGAGGCUCUUGUCGAGGCCCUGCUGAAGAAGACUUUACCUAAGGAGUUUGGGUACAUCAAAGUGCCCUAUCUUGAAUUCAACGGGAAGUAUAGAUUCUGCGCGAUCAGAAGCUGCGGGCAUGUCCUGAGUGAAAAGGGUUUCAAGGAGGUAAAGUCCUCUUCUUGCUUGAUUUGUCACAAGGAAUUUUCGGAGAGCGAUAAGAUUGUCAUUAAUGGGACUGAGGAGGAGGUCAAUGAGCUGUGGGAAGAGCUGAAAGAGGAAAAAGCGGGAGUUAAUGAGAAAAAGGUGAAGAAGAUCAAGAAUGGGGAUGUUAAUGGAGAUAGGGCCGGGCGGUUGACUGGGUUUAAACACGGUGUCGAAGGGAAUGGGAUGACUGGUGAUGUGAAAGGGUCUGGAAAGAAGUUUAAGGCGGCAGAUGUAGCUCCAGCUAACGCGACUAAAUCCGUGUAUGCUUCCAUAUUUACUUCUUCGAAAAAGUCGGACUUUAAGGAGACGUUUAUGUGUAGAGCCUGCCGUGUGUCUGUGGAGGCUCUACUUUUACAGCUUAAACGUAGGGUGUUCCUUUGCCUUCUUCCCACACUUGGAGGCUCACAUGAGACUAGUUCCAGCUUGUCUAAGGUGUUUGAAAGUUUGAUCACUGGAAAUGGUUGUGUGUUGUGGGAAAUCGAUGCCAGUAUGAAUAUCGUACCCAAGAAAGAUGAAAUCCACAUCAGGGAGGUGUGGAGUGACAAUCUUGACCGCGAGUUUGGUUUGAUUCGUGAAAUCGUGGACAAGUAUCCGUACAUUGCUAUGGACACUGAGUUCCCGGGCGUCGUCAUUAAACCCCUGGGCCAAUCCAAGAACCAUUCGGAGGCCAACUAUCAAAGUGUAAGAGCUAAUGUGGAAAUUCUGAAGCUAAUUCAGCUGGGGCUCACUUUCUCAGACAAGAAUGGAACCCUUCCCACCUGUGGGACUGGAAAAUACUGCCUCUGGCAGUUCAAUUUCCGUGAGUUCAACCGUAAGGAAGAUGUCUAUUUCUCUGACUCGAUUGACCUCCUAAUCAACAGUGGCAUUGACUUGGAGAAGAAUAACGAAAAGGGUGUUGAUAUCGAUAGAUUCAGCGAGCUUCUUAUGUCGUCCGGAAUCGUGAUGAACGAUAACAUUCGGUGGCUAACUUUUCACGGUGGAUAUGAUUUUGGGUACCUUUUGAAGCUGUUGACUUGCAAGAAACUUCCGGAUACCCUUGAAGGGUUCUUUGAUAUGCUCGGGUUGUACUUUCCGGUCGUUUAUGACAUCAAGCACCUGGUGAAGGACAUUGGAGAACUUCAUGGUGGGCUGAGUAAACUUGCUAAGAAACUGGAAGUGGAGCGUGUGGGCAGCUCCCAUCAGGCGGGCUCUGAUAGCCUGGUUACGUGUUUUGUUUUCUUCAAGCUGACAAAGACUCACUUUGGUGGAUCAAUGGAGAAGUAUGCUGCUGGUGAGUUGUAUGAUCUUGGUACUGAAUCUGCACUUGCUACUUACUGAAGGAAAUAUGAGAACAGUGAACUCUUAGAGUAAUAGUUUGAAAAACAUAGCUGUAUCGAAAGAGAAUCCCAUUAGUUGGUCAGCAUAGAGGUAUUCUGAAUUUCUGAUGUGUUGUAUGGUAUAUUGAUGAAGGAAAUGUGGGAAUGGAAAGAUUAAACUAGUAGUUUGAAAGGUACCUGCUUUGUUCCUUUUACGCAUAUUGUAUUGUUUUCUUUCAGGUUUGUUUCGUGAUGAAUGCGUAGUAAUAGUUUGAAAAACAUAGCUGUAUCCAAAAAGAAUCUUACUAGUUGGUCAGCAUAGAGGUAUUCUGAUGUGUUGUAUGGUAUAUUGAUGAAGGAAAUAUGGGAAUGGGAAAGAUUAAACUAGUUGUUUGAAAGGUAGCCUGCAUUGUUCCUUUUACUGAGCUUGUAUUGUUUGCUUUCAAGUUUGUCUUUUUAU